AUGCAAAACGAAUGUGAAAACAAUGUAAUUCUAGGAAUAUGCAGUUCUUUUCUUAACAAAUCUGUUGAUCCUGAAAAAUUGAUUCUGAUUGCAGCUAUUGAAAAAAGUGGUAAUAUCAUUUCGUGUGCAAUUUCAACGCCUAAUAAAACGAACUUAGCAGCAUUUACAACACAAUUUGAUGUUGCUGUUAAACCACUUGUAAGUUAUUUCAAUCGUAAUCAAAUACAUCUAAAAGGGGUAAAUGGUAAAAUUGCUGUGGUUAAUAGUUUUAUGGAAAUUUAUCAAAAGCCUAUUACUGCAUCAACAACUCUUCUUUUACAUACUAUAGAAACCCUACAGAAUAUUGAACUCGUUCAAAACAGUAUACUCACAUUAGCAACUACACAAGAUCUACCUAUUCUUACAGUGUGGCUUAAAAAUUUUCAGAUAGAUGCUGGUCUACUUCCUUUAAAACCUGACGAAGAAAUACAAGCCGUAACAGAAGAUAAGAUUACAAAGAAGACUCUUUACAAAUUAGUUCUUAACGGAGAUCAACAACCCGUUAGCAUGCUGGCUAUAAGACGAAGAAAAAAUGCUAAUGGAAUAUUUUUACGUUCUGCACGCGACGCUGCUAUACAACAAGUCGCUGUUGAGAAUAAUUUUAUUUUUGUUUUUUACCCUUCACCUUAUCGCUUACAAGCAGCACAAAAAAAACCAGUAGUUAUCGUCAGUCUCUUCGUUGAAUUCUAUUAUUUUGCAGUUGUCACAACAAAAAAUAUAACCAUUAUGAAUCGCAACAAUCGUUUUUCGAAUAACCGAAAGAACCAACGACCAUCAAAAAAUGAGCCGGUGAAAACGGUUGCUGCUGUGCCAGAAAAUUUCACGUAUGUUGAUCAAGAUUUUCCAUCACUAUUUGUAGCAUCGACAGUUGCAACCAAAGUUGAUCCAAAAUUGUCAACGGAAGAUAAAUCAGUCAAGACAACUAGUCGCGAACCAUCGAUGACUCGGCCACUCGAAAAUGUAAAACCUGAACCAACAAUCGCGAUUAAGAAACAACAUAGUCCUUGGAAAAAACCAUCAGAAUCAUUGCAACCUGUAUCUUUAUUAGCUUUUAUGCCUCAAUCGGUAACAAAACAAGAUCUUACGACCAACCAUCAUUCAAUUACACAUAAUCCUGUCGCUCAAUCUGAAACUCGAUCUAUGACAACUUAUGAAGAUGAAAUCGAUACUAAAUUAUGUGAAAUUAUUUUGACUAUUCAUCAACUACAUGAAUAUGUCUCACUUGAACGUGUUGAGAAAGAACUCUUUGAACAUUACAAAGUUAAUUCAUUUCGAGAGUUACGUGUCAAUCCACGUCAUUUGAAAACAUUAACAAAUCUUAGUCAUCGCAUUAAAGAUGUCACCUUUUAUAUGCAAAUAUUUGAACAAAUUUUCAAUUUAUGUACUUUACAUGAUCUUGAUCCAUUACUAGCUAAAUUUCUUAAAUUUGAUACAUAUGAAGAGGCUCAUUUAGGACCGUUAGAUAAGAAUCCCGAUGUACAACGAGUAUUUCAAUAUAAACCACGAAAACGUCAUCAAUCUAUUCCAGACAUAACUAGUGGACAAAUAAUAGAUGCUUUUAUUGCUUUUAAAGACAAACAUCGACGUCAUGAACGAUACGAUUAUAAUGGAUUUAUUGCUGAGCUUCUUCAACAAAACCAGUUACAUAAGAAGGAAGAACUUGGUAUUUAUUGUAAAUCAUUUCCAUAUUUAUCUGAAAUAUCAGGCAAAGUAACUCAGGAUUACAAAAAAUAUACGAAACGAGUUGAGACAGAUGCUCAAAAACAAAUUAUUAGAACAGUCGAAACUCGGUUGUGGGAAAUUCAACGUGAAGUAUCUAGUGAACUCAAUCUAUCAGCAUAUAUAGAUAAAUUACCUAUUGCUGUUUUUGAUCAUCUUGUUUCAAUCGUUGACAAACAUUUAACUGUAACUCAACAAAAACUUGUUCGUGAUACAUUGAUGGACAUUCGAGACAAUGAGCUUUUACGAUGCUUAUUAAAUAUUAGUAUCUAUUUGGGUACAAUUGAUCAGCCUGAAGAGUUCAUUGCUGAAUUGAAAAAAAUUAAUCAACACCAGAAGAAAGAAAGUGAAAGACAAGAUUCCACAGCACUUUCUUCAUCACAUGUAACAACAAAAUCUAUGAAUAGCAAGAACCAAAGAAAAGAACAACAACACAUGGCUGAUAUACAGAAUUCUGAUACAACUACGGAUCUAACACGUCCAUCUAUUGAAACAUCGUUUGGAAAUUCAUCAUCAUCUUCAAUUCAAGAUACUCCACAUGUAUCUCUGAACCAACUUUGUUCCGACAUGUUCAAAAUUUUGAUGCGCUACGAUACAGUUCUUACUUUAAAACAAUUAUCGGACGUGAAAAAACAUGUAUGUGAUCAGUAUUCAUUGGAAGAUUUUUCUGAAUUUGGUAUUACUGAUGAUAACAGUCCACUUGAUAUGAUUUCAUUUCUAAAUGUGCAUCGUAACAAAAUUGAUCCAAAUAAAGAAUUAGCUAUCUAUGAAAGUAUUUCAUCGUCAGGAGAUCGACAUGAACUCUAUUCAUUUGUUAAUCAACUUACAGUGAUUAAUAAUUGGAGAGAACAACAACCAGGUGAUCAAUAUUCAAGUAGUAGAGAAAUUCCUUUGAGUAAAGAUCAAUUAUCAGCUGUCGAAAAAGCGAUUCAACACAAAUUUAGUGGAGUACUUGCUAGAACAAGUACCUCUCAAAUCAUUAAACGAACGAAAAAACACUUUCAUAAUAAGCCGGCACAGUCAAUGAUUCGUUUCGAAGAAUCGUUGUUGGAUGAAGUCAAUCUCAAUCGUCUGAACAUGUGUCCAUCAUCACUUCUUGUUGAUGAAUCUCAACUAUGUAAAAUUAUUCUUCAAUGUCCAAUUAUGAAUGAUUUACCAACAUGGUUGCAAUGGUCACAUUUUUUUCAAUCAAGAUAUGGUCAAUUUAAAAUGUUCAUUUCUCGAAAACAACAAGAGCUCGACGGUCUUCUCGUACUUGAAACAUCUAAUCAUGAACUUUUACGUCUUCCAAUCGAUUCAUCUUUUGAACAAUUUGAAAAUGAAUUGAACAAUGGAAAUGUUAGUGCAAGUGUUGGUCAUCUAUGUUCUCUUAUUAUUUAUGAAUACGUUCAAGUUAAUCGAAUGCCAUUGAAUAUUUAUCGACAAGUAAUGACUACGUGGUUUAUUCGUCUUCGUUCAUCUGCUCAAUUACAACGUGAUCAAAAAGAACCAAUGCAAUACAUAUUAGAGUUUCUCAUAUAUUUACCAACUUUGAUCGGUCAAUCACGAAUUGUUCAAGAAUUAAUAUUAGAUCCAUUGGAUGAAGUCUUUAGUAACAAUGAAGAUAGUGAUGAGUUCAAUACUCGAGAAAGAAUUUGGAUGUUAGCUGAUCGAAAGCAAAAAUCAAAAUUAGAAGCAUGGGCUUAUCUACUAGAUAUUGAUGAGUGGAAAAAUGAGAAUAAAUGGAAAGGCAUUGAAGAAAUCGACAUUCAACAACCAAAUCAUGAUAUACAAAACAAACAAACAUAUACUCAAGACAUUAUUGUGCCAACAAAAGUACAGCCGGAUCCACUUUCAACUAUUCCAUCAUCUCCAGUCGUCGUCACUGAACGUCUUAUUCCAAUAAAUAACAAUACAAACAUAAAUGACCCGAGUUCAUGUUCUGCUGCAUAUGAACAUAUUAAGAAAAUUCGUGAAGGAUUCGGUGUUGAUAGUAGUCUUGAUGCUGCCGGCCAGUCAAUUGUAAACAAUCUUAAAGGAGUACUUGAACGAAGUUUAGAAAAAUUAUCAAAUGAUCUUUAUUCAGAUCAAGGUCAUUUUGUUUUGGAAUUAAUACAAAAUUCAGAUGAUAAUCAUUAUUCAUCCGAUUGUUUACCUACAUUACGUUUUAUUGUCUCAUCCGAUCGUAUUCUUGUUUGUAAUAAUGAAAUCGGUUUUCAACCAGAUAAUGUCACAGCUAUUUGUAAUGUAGGAAAAUCAACUAAAGGUAAACAUAAACAAGGUUACACUGGACAUAAAGGAAUUGGAUUUAAAUCAGUAUUUAUGGUAUCUCAUCGUCCUGAAAUUCACUCGGGAGAUUAUCAUUUUUGUUUUGAUACAGACUUAGGUAACGAAAAAAUCGGUUAUAUUCGACCCAUUUGGUUAGAACAAUCCGAAGAACUUUUACCUUCAGUAAGUGAUUGGACAACAUGUAUUCGUUUACCAAUCAAAAUGGAAGAACGUGGAAUUGGAUUGAAACGAAAUUUUGAUGAUAUUCAUGCUCGUCUAUUACUUUUUCUUAAUCGUCUUCGACAAAUUGAAAUUGUUCGUGAAAAAGAUAAUCAUAAAAUAAAUACUCGAAUAUUUACACGAAUUGAUCAUGCUAAUGGACAAAUUAUUGAAUUACAAGAACGUACAACAACAUCAGAAAAUAUUCUUCGAAGUUUUUGGCUUGUUGUUAAAACAACUAGUGAAAUUCCAUUGAAUAUAAAAAGACAACUUAAUGAUGUUAAAGGUGAUAUUCAAUCGACAAUCAUAGCUAUUGCUUAUCCAUUAGAUGCAAUUCAUGAAUCAUCAUCAUAUGCUAUACUUCCAUCUCAACCACUUUUUGCUUAUUUACCACUUUGUUCAUAUGGUUUUCGUUUUAUUCUUCAAGGUGAUUUUGAAAUACCAGCUACGCGACAAGGAGUUUUACGUGAUAAUAUUUGGAAUGAAUGGUUAAAAAAAGAAAUGAUUCAACUUCUACCUACUGCUUAUGAUCUAUUUAAAAAUCUACCCAAACUUCUAACGACUUGUUCGAUCGAUGUACAAAAACAUAUUGGAUCAUUAGAUUCAAUGGAAACUUUAAAAUAUUUUAUUAAAAUGCUUCCAACUCAAAAUGAUCUCGAUCCAUAUUUUAAUUCAUUUAUUGAUAAAGCAAUUAAAGGAUUAAUGGGAUGUAUUCAACUACCGAUUAUUUCUGAGAAAGAUCAAGAAAAUAUUCAAUGGAUUUCUCCAACACAAUGUGUUUUUGUUCGUGAUUCAUUUAUACGACAAAUUUUUACAUCUGAUUUACUUUUAUCACAUUUUAAUAAUUAUUAUUUAAAUGAACAAUUUGUAAAUGAAUGUGAUGAAAAUAUUUUAAUUAAAUUAGGUUGUCGACGAUUAGAUUUUUCAACAAUUUUGAAAUUAAUUAAAACAUUAUAUACUCAAAAUGAUCAAGAAUAUUCAACGAAAACAACAACAAUUGAACAAAUUGCACAAUGGUUUCUAUGUAUUGAUUAUAGUUUUCAACAAGAACGAGAUCAACCUGAUUUUAAUUACAAUGAUAAUGAUCAAAAUGAAAUAACAACUAUGGAUCAACUUAAACAAAUGAAAAUAAUUCCAUUACAGCAACAAACACGAUUAGUAUCAAUUGAAGAAAUGAAAGAUAAAGCAAUUUUUUUUCCAUUAGAUAAAUCAACUGAAUUUGCUAAAUAUCUCAAACUUGUUGCAGAAGGUUUACCAACAAUUGAUGAGAGAUUAAUGGAAUAUAUUGAAAAGAAAUAUCCACGACGUUUAAAUUCAAUUAAAGAUUUAUUGAAAAAAUUAGGUAUAAGUGAAUUUCGGCAAAUCCGAAGAAUUUAUGCAAAUCAUGUAUUACCAAUUAUGGCGGAUGAGAUGCAAUGGAAAACUAAAUCUGAUUCUGUUCUUAUUGCUUAUUUAAUUUUUAUUUAUAAAGAUCUUUAUUCGCUUAAUCCUGCAGAGUUUGCAAAUGAUAUGAAAAAAUUAAGAAAUCAAUUAAUUAUUAAAACACAACAAGGUAAUUUCAUUCGUAUAAAUUCAAAUGAAACAGAUAUUGUUCAUUUAACAUCAUUAUAUGGAAGUCAAACAUCACUUGAUUUAUUAAAAUUAUUUCCAAAUCGUUUUCAAUUUAUUUCAAAUGAUUACUUAAUUGAAUAUCAAAAGGAAUUGUUUUAUCAUGCUAAAGAACGACUAAAAUUCAACUAUUUUCUUAAUGAACUUGAUCUUCAUGGUUUUUUUCUUAUUAAAAAAAAAGAUGAAAGAUUUAUUAAGGUUGAAGAACUUGUUAAUACUCAAUGGAGUUCAGAAAUUCAAACAUUAUCUUUAUUAAUUUUUGAACCAUUUAUUAUUGAAGAUAAUUGUUCUGAUGAAUUAGAUACACUUAUUAUGUCCAAAGAUAGUCUUAAUGCAAAUCAAUAUUUCGAAAUUCUACGUUAUUUAGAUUAUACUUUUAAAUUCUUUGGAUCGUAUUAUGCAUCAUCAGUUAUUCGAGCUCGUGAUCGACAUACAGGCGCGACAGCACCAGUUCAUGGUGUUGCUUCUUCACUUUGUUUAUCAUUAAGAAAACAUUCGUGGAUACCUGUUUCUGAUGGACAGUCAUACAAACCAUCUGAUGUUUAUUAUUUACCCGUAAAUAAUCCAUUUCGUCGAUAUGUUCCAUGUUUAGAUCCAUCAAUUGUUCGAUUGAGUGAUAUGAAUUUUGUUCAAAUACUAGGAUUUAAACAAGAAAUAUCUCAUAUGACAAUGUUUGAAUUAUUGAUGAAAUGGUCAUGUAAUCUUGAUAGUGAUAUGUUAUGGAAAUUAAUCAAUAUGACUGAUGAACAAGACUCAAAUCCAAUUCCAUGUACAAUUUCAACACAACCACGUCAAUUAUAUCAUGAUACACUUCAAAAUAUUCAAAAUAUAUACUUGUUUAUAUCUAUGGAUGAAGAAAUUCGUCGUCUUCUUGCUCGUUUUCGUCUGUGGCCGCUUAUAUUUAUUCCACGAACAGAUGAUAUUGGUGAAUUUGUAUUCGUUGAUGAAGUAUUCUGGGAGGAUCCUCUUGCUUUAUUAACUACUAUUGAUGUUAAAACACGCACAUCAAAUCAACACAUUGCACUACAACCAUAUUAUAAUAAUAAUAAAUUUUUUCAACAAUUCUUUUUCGAGAUUCUUCAAAUAAAACAAGGACCAACACUUGAUGAUUAUCUUUUAUUAUUGAGUGAUAUUAAAAAGAAAACAUUUGAUUAUAUUUGGAAAUGUAUUAAUGUCAUUACACAAUUAGCAUUUACAGAUAAUAAGCAAACUUUAGUGAAAGAUACAACGAUUAAUUGGUCAUUUAUUCCUUGUAUCAACAAUGGAAAUGAAUUGGUUAAAUAUACUGAUCGACCCUAUUAUCCUCAUGAUAUGAUUGUUGUAGAUCUUUUCUCUGAUGUUAUACGAAUUAUUAAAUUACCAGACAAUUUGAUUCAUUCAAUUGAAUUUAAACAACAAUUCUGUACACUUUUUAAUAUCGAUGAUCUAGCUAAUGUUAUUAAAGUAUUAGUUAAUGUUGAUAAUAGACAACCAGCAAGAGAAUUACAUGAAUUUUAUAGUCAUUCAAUUGAACUUAUUCAGGAUUAUCUAAUCAGUAAUGGACUCUUGCCAGAAACACGAUCUUGUUGUCUUCAAUCAAUCUUCUCAAAAAUGAAUUUUCUUUUAGUUGAUUGUAUUUAUCUAUCCUAUCAAUAUGGAGAGAAUCUGAUUCGUAAAGCUCCUCUACCAUCAACUCUAAACAGCUAUAUCGAUGAAUCAACAAGCAACUUUUAUAUUUUACAAAAAUAUGCCAAGAAUGAAAACUAUCAUAUUGAUACUAUCGUAGAUUAUUUAAUUGAAGAUGUAUCAGCUCGUUUACAACUUUCUCAAUUUAUACAAGAAUUAUAUAAAUCAUAUGAACAACAUGGUGUAGAAAAUUUAAUUAAACAACGAGAAAUACUCCCUGAUCAUAAUAUAUCUAAAUGGAUAAUUCCACAAAUAAUGAAGAGCGAACUAAAUUCUUCAUCGAUAAAAGAAAAAGAAAAAGAAGAAGAAGAGGAUGACGGAAAUAAUGAGAUCAUUACGUAUACACCUGAAAUGUUACAAAGAUUCAAAGAUGAACCUGGUUGGCAGCCGAAAAAGCCUACCACUAAACCAAUAUUAGAUCCAGAUCAACCAAAACCACUCAUUUGUAUUCCAUCCACAGCCGGUGCAACUCUUUCGAACGAAGCUUUGAAUAAAGAGCAUUCAGCAAAAUCCGACCUACAAUUAACAGAUGUAGUUAGAGAAAGAGCAACAUCAGCCAAUGUUCAUGAGAGCAGUGAACAAACAGUACCAAGAGACAGAGAGAAACAUUCUAAUGAAACAACUACAACUAAUAAAACUUUUGAAGGAUCGACUGUAUCUCAUACUAACUCUGUUACACUCGCUGAUUUCACUCCACCACAGCCAUCCAUCAACUUCGAGCUUAUUCAAAUUUCAAAUUUUACCGAUAUUGCUUUAAUUCCUACUACAUUAUCUGAUCAAGCAUUGCCUACUAAUUUAAAUCUACCUAAUAAUGAAACUGAUUCUAUAAUUGGUCGUCGAGGUGAAGACUUUGUGUAUCGAUAUCUUCUAUGGAAGCAUCCCGAUGCACAAAUUCAAUGGAACAAUCAACAAAACGAAUCAGGUCAACCAUUUGAUAUUAAAUUGAUUCGAAAUGAAAAUAAGAAGCAAACCGAAUUUAUAGAAGUAAAAACAACUCGAGUACCUAAACAAAAUACUUUUCAAAUAUCGAUUGGUGAAAUUGAAUGUUUACUUCAAAAUCAAAAUAAUUAUUAUAUUUAUCGAGUUUAUUAUAAUGAUGAAGACGAAAAAUUAUCAACAAUUACUAUUCUCAGUCGAAUUAAAUGUCAUUUACAACAAAAACAAUUGACACUAUCAAUAACAAUUGCAGAAAAACUUGAUGAACAAUGA